AGUCCGUGCGUGUUUGUUCAUUUCAUGGUGGGCGACACCAAGUCGUUUGGCUUGGACGACUGGAAACACGAGAUCCAACUUACCAAGGAUGCGUACAUCGAUGCCUUCACGCUGAACAUGGCCAAGGAUGACGCCACCAACGACGUCGCCCCGCCCUUGGCCUUCAGCGCGGCCGAAGCCCUGGGCUUCGGGCUCUUUUUUUCUUUUGAUUAUGACGGCAACGGCCGUGGGACAAGCCGGUCGUCACUGACAUGAUCAAGAAGUACUGGCGCAGCACUGCCUACUACGAGGAGGGCCUGAAACUAUUCGUCUCGACUUUUGAAGGCCCCCGCAACGCCAUGAACUGGCAG